AUGGCUGUGUACUGGCUGGUAACUCUGAGCUGCUUUGCUGCCUCUCUCCGCUUCCCUGCAGCCGUUGGCACUCAACGAAGAGAAGCCUGUGAUUGCAGUGGGAAAUCCAGACGGUGCAUGUUUGACAUUGAGUUGCUCAGACAAACAGGAAAUGGAUACCGGUGCCUCAACUGCAUGGACAACACAGAGGGAGUUCACUGUGAACGGUGCAAGGAGGGUUUCUACCAACAGCACCAUGGAGAUCACUGUAGGCCUUGUGCCUGCAAUCCUCUAGGUUCUGUUAGUGCGCAGUGUGAUGCCCAUGGAUCGUGCCAGUGCAAGCCUGGUGUGACGGGUGACAGAUGUGACCGAUGCCAACAGGGGUUCCACUCCUUCUCAGUGAAUGGCUGCACAGCCAGUGGGCAAAUGUCGCUCUCCCAGUGUGACUGUGAUCCAGCUGGCAGCACAGGUCAAUGUAUUUCAGGACGUUGCAUCUGCAAGGAGGCUGUGGCAGGAGACCGUUGUGAGCGAUGUAAGCAGGGAUAUUAUAACCUGGAUUCGGGAAAUCCAGAGGGCUGCUCUCCAUGCUUCUGUUACGGACACUCAGCUGCAUGUUCCAGCGCAGAAAAUUACAGCAUCCAUAAAAUCACCUCUUCCUUUCAGCAAGGUGAUGAGGGCUGGAAAGCUGAGGCAAAUGGCUCUCCUUUGCCACUCCAGUGGUCUUCACGCCAUAAAGAAAUUUACGUGACAGCAAGAAGGCAAGAUCCCAUCUACUUUAGCGCUCCAGCCAGGUUCCUUGGGAACCAGCAGUUGAGCUAUGGACAGGUGCUGUCUUUUGAUUAUCGCAUGAAUCGACCUGGCCGUCGUCCGUCGCAGUACGAUGUCAUCUUGGAAGGAGCUGGCUUAAGAAUCACUGCUCCCCUCGUGCCUCAUGGAAGGAUGCUGCCUUGUGCCAGAAAGACCUAUACGUUCAGGUUGGAUGAGCACCCAAACAACAGCUGGAGCCCUAGGCUGAAUGACAUAGAGUUCCACCAGUUAAUUGGAAAUCUGACAGCACUUUGGAUCAGAGCCACUUAUGGAGACAGCACAGGAUACCUCUCGAAUGUUAUCUUGGUUUCAGCACGGCCAACCUCUGGCAGUCGGGCAUCCUGGGUAGAGCGAUGCACAUGUCCAACAGGAUAUGAGGGGCAGUUCUGUGAAAAAUGUGCCCCAGGUUAUAAGAGAGAGGAUCCUGCCAGACUUGGGGCAUUCAGCAAGUGUGUGCUAUGCAACUGCCAGGGAGCCGGAAUCUGUGAUCCAGAUACUGGAGAAUGUUAUUCUGGAGAUGAAAACAGGGAACUCAUUAGUUCUGCCUGCCCAACUGGCUUUUACAGUCCGCCGUGGAGCCCGCAGAAUUGCCAGCCGUGCCCAUGCCCCAGUGGCCGCGGCUGCUCCGUGCUGCCGGAGACGCUGGAGGUGGUUUGUAACAACUGUCCUCCAGGAGCCAGUGGAUCUCGUUGUGAGUUCUGCACUGAUGGCUAUUUUGGAGACCCCCUGGGUGAGAAUGGUCCAUGGCAGCCCUGCCAGCGAUGCCAGUGCAGCAACACUGAUCCAAACGCUUCUGGGAUUUGCAACCGUGUGACCGGGGAGUGCAACUGCAAGGAUGGCUUCUUUGGAAAUCCUUCAUCUCCUAAUCCAGCAGAGAAAUGCCGAGCUUGCAAUUGCAAUUCAGUGGGUGCUGAGCCCCUGCGGUGCCGUACUGAUGGAAGCUGCAUUUGUAAGGCAGGAUUUGAUGGUCCUGGCUGUGAACACACUCGCUGUCCUGCCUGCUACGGACAAGUGAAGGCACAGGUAGAUCAAUACCUCCAGAAGCUGCAGGGGCUCGAGGUUCUAGUCUCUCAGGUGCAGACAGGCGAAGCACCCGGCGAUAAUGUGGAGCUGGAGAGGAAGAUGAGAGAGGCUGAAGAGAUGCUCCAGGAAGUCCUAAGAGAAGCCCAGACUUUGCAAGCUACUGACAGGUCCUUGGGGGGCCGCCUCACCAAGAUGAAGGGUCAAGAAUUCACCUACCGGAGCCAAUUGGAUGAGAUAAAUGAGACAGCCAGCCGGCUACAGUCUUUGGGGAAUCAAUACCAGAGGCAGGUGCAAGAUACCAGGAGGCUCAUCCAGGGAGCUCGCUUGGAUUUGGAGCAAAGCAAGGCAAAGUUAGGAGGCGUGGUUAUUCCAUCUUCAGAUCUCCCUGGAGGGUCAAACAGUUUUUUAAUUCUGGCCCAAGAAGCCAUGAAGUUGGCAGACAGCCACAUGCAGCUGGCAAAUACUAUUGAGCAAGCAGCCAGGGCAGCAGAAGAUGCCUCAAGCCAGGCGCUGGCUUUGGUGCAGUCAGCCGGGAGCGGCGGAGACAUCCUGACAAACUCUGUGCAAGGGCUCCAGAAAAAGUAUGAUGAGGUAAAGUUGCUGUUCAAUGAACUGGAGGCUGAUGCUAACAGCGCUGCUUUGAGUGCUGACCAUGCCCAUCAAAGUAGCCAGCUGCUGUUCAGCUCUCUAGCUCGUUUACCAAAGGUUGACACAAGCAUCUUCCAGGAGGAAGCCAAGCAGCUCCGACAGAAGGCAGACUCUUUAGCAGGCUUGGUGGAAAUUUAUAUGGCAGAAUAUAACCAGCUGCAAAGCAACAUAGGGAACAAAGAAGAAGAGAUCAAAGGGCUCUUGCAAAAAGGACACGAUGACAGACUGGCAUCAGCCCAACUGUUGACUCGUGCCAACCUUGCCAAGGGUACAGCCCAGAAGGCGCUGAGUGCUGGCAAUGCCUCUUUAGAGGAAGUUGAUGGCAUCUUGAAGAACCUGAGGGAGUUUAAUCUGCAGGUAGGCGACAAGCAAAGGGAAGCAGAAGAGGCCAUGCGGAAACUUCCUCUCAUAAGCAGCACUGUCACCAGUGCCAAUGAGAAGACCAGGCGUGCAGAAGAGGCCCUGGGCACUGCUGUUACGGAAGGAGAGGAGGCCCGAAGAACGGCUGAGGAGGCCAAGGAGAUUGCUGUGGGCAUUGAUCAGGAAAUAGGAAGGCUGGCCUUGGAAGCCAACAGGACAGCGGAUGGAGUCUUAGCUCUGGAGAAGGGGAUAAUGUCUUUGCAGGGAGAGGCCCGGGAGGUGGAAAAUGAGCUGCAACGGAAAGGGCUGAAGGUUGAUCUGGAUGCCUCCACGGCUCAGGAAGUUGUCCAGAAAUCCCAGAGAGCUAAAGCAGAUGCGGCAAGUGCUGGGGGCGCUGUCCAGGGGGUGCUAAGUGCCUUGGAAGAUGUUCUGCGCCUCAUGGACCAACCCGAGGCUGUGGAUGAGCAAGGUGUGACCAUGCUUGAAGAGAAUCUUGCCAAAGCCAGAAGAAGAAACCACCAGUUAAAAGAACUGAUGCUGCAGCUGGAGGAAACAGCCAGCCGGCAGAAACUCCGGAUCCAAACACUAGAGAGGAGCAUCGCUGAGAUUCUUGCUGAUAUCAAGAACCUGGAGGAGAUCCGUGAUAAUCUCCCCACAAAGUGCUACAACAUACAACCCAUUGAGAGGCCUUGAAGACUUUGAGGGCAGAGGGGGCAGACUGAUUUGUAUUCUGUUUAUCAGGUCUUGGACACAACGUUAGGGUUAGG